AUGGCGUCGCUGCGGACUUUUGAUGCCUUUCCUAAGGUUGAUUCGCAUCAUCUCGUUAGAUCCCAAAGAGGGUCAUAUUCGACACUUAUGACCUUCUUGCUGUUGCUGUUCCUGACCUGGGUGGAGAUCGGCUCGUUCUUCGGUGGUGAGGUUGAUCACCAGUUCCACGUGGACAACACCGUCUCGAGGAAUAUGACCAUCAACCUCGAUAUUCUCGUGGCCAUGCCCUGUAACUUCAUCCAGACCAAUGUUAGGGACUUGACCUACGAUAGGUUCCUCGCUGCAGAGAAGCUUCAGUACGAAGGGAUGUCGUUCUUCUUGCCACACGGCUAUCAGGUCAACAGUGAGAGACACAUCGUCACGCCGGAGUUGGAUGAGAUCAUGGCUGAAGGCAUCAGGGCGGAGUUUCUGAGACGGGAGUCCACAGGCCAUAACCUUGGUUCACCAGCGUGUCAUAUCUUUGGCUCCAUUCCAGUGAAUAGAGUCGCUGGUGACUUCCAUAUCACUGCCAAGGGGUUCGGGUACAGAGAUAGAACCCAGGUCCAAGUGGAGAGCUUGAACUUCACACACGUCAUCAGUGAGUUCUCAUUUGGAGACUUCUACCCGUAUAUCGACAACCCCUUGGACGCCACCGCUAAGACCACCGAGGAGAACUUGAAGAGCUAUACCUACUUCCUCACCGUGGUUCCUACAGUUUACAAGAAGUUGGGUGUUGCUGUGAAUACAAACCAGUACUCUGUGAGCGUACAAGAGAAGACGUAUACUGUUGAGAACAGAGGCCCUCCGGGGAUCUUCUUCAAAUACGAUUUUGAGCCUCUAUUGCUCGUUGUUGAGGACCAGCGUAUGUCAUUUACAACUUUCCUCGUGAGACUGGCAACAAUCUAUGGUGGAAUCAUCGUGUGUGCGCAGUGGAUGAACAAGUUCGUCGAAAAGAUGCUGCUUGUACUCUUUGGAAAGAGAUACGCAUCUAGAGGUUUGGAGAAGAGUGCGUCUCUACUGGAUGAUGAUCUUUAG